CUCCACUCCCCCCCUCACUUUCUCUCUCUACAACUUUCUCUCUCUACACCUUUCUCUCUCACACACUACACACACACCCAUUUCCCUUAUCCUUCACUCUUACCUUACCACCACCUCCCCAAUCCAGCAAAACUUCACCCAUCUCCCCUCUCUCUCUCUCUACAACUUUCUCUCUCUAAAACUUUCUCUCUCUAGAAGUCUCUCUCUACACCCCCUUCAAACCCACUCAUCUUUUUUUUUAACAUCAGACAAUAACAAGUGUCUCAUCUUGUUUCAGAAACACCCAGAAAUGAAAGAUCAGUUAUGUGUGGUCAAACACUCUUCUUUUUCAAGAUCUUUAAAGUCUUGAGUCUUGUAGCCAAUCUUGUUGCUGUUAUAGUUACUAUUGUUGUUGUUCCAGAUAAUUAAGGUUGUUUUUUAAGUUGUUCCAGAAAAUUAAGGUUGUUUUUUGAAAUAUUCAAAGGUUGAUUGAUUCAUGGCUGGCAGUAAUGAAAUCAACGUGAAUGAAGCCAAGAAAGUAGUUCCCCUGCACACAUGGAUCUUGAUUUCCAACUUCAAGUUAGCUUACAAUAUGCUCCGGCGACCGGACGGCACCUUCAACCGUGAACUGGCCGAGUUUCUUGACCGGAAAGUGGCCGCCAACACCGUUCCGGUGGACGGCGUGUACUCAUUCGAUGUCGUUGACCGGGCCACCAGUCUCCUCAACCGAAUCUACCGGUGUGCCCCGCCGGAAUCAGAUUCCGGCCGGCAACCGGGUGCCGGAAUCUUGGAACUCGAAAACCCUUUAAGCACAACUGAAGUUGUGCCGGUGAUAAUCUUUUUCCAUGGUGGAAGCUUCACUCAUUCGUCAGCGAAUAGCGCGAUUUACGACACGUUUUGCCGCCGUCUCACCGCCCUGAUCAAAGGGGUGGUCGUGUCGGUAAACUACCGCCGGUCACCGGAGCAUCGGUAUCCGUGUGCUUAUGAAGAUGGGUGGGAAGCCCUCAAAUGGGUUCAUUCAAGAACAUGGCUUUUAAGUGGUAAAGACCCUAAAGUUCAUGUUUAUUUAGCCGGUGAUAGCUCCGGCGGCAACAUAGCCCACCACGUGGCGGUUCGGGCCGCUGAGUCGGGUGUGGAAGUGUUAGGGAACAUAUUGUUGCACCCAUUGUUUGGGGGCGAAGAGCGAAAAGAAUCGGAGAGCAAACUCGAUGGGAAGUAUUUUGUUAGGGUUCAAGAUAGGGAUUGGUAUUGGAGGGCUUUUUUGCCGGAAGGGGAAGAUCGCGAUCAUCCGGCGUGUAACAUAUUCGGGCCGAGAGGGGUUGAUCUAAAAGGGGUUAAAUUUCCAAAAAGUUUGGUGGUUGUGGCUGGAUUGGAUCUUGUUCAAGAUUGGCAAUUGGCAUAUGUUGAAGGGUUGGAGAAUGCAGAGCAACAAGUGGAGUUAUUGUUCUUGAAAAAGGCUACAAUUGGGUUCUAUUUCUUACCAAAUAAUGAGCAUUUCUACACUUUAAUGGAUGUGAUCAAAAACUUUGUGAGCUCAUAGAUGAACGAACACCCUACCCCCACCCACCCCCCUAAAAAAAACUUAACUUUUCAACUUCAGAAGAAGGCAUACAUAACACAAGCUUUUGACAUUUUUACUACUACUACUAGUAUUAUUAUUAGUUUCUUUGCUUUAUUUCUCUUUUCUUUUCUUCUUGUGUAGUUAUAUAUAUGAAUUUUUGUGCACCUUAUUGAUGCUAUAAUAUGUGGUUAUCUUGUGAUGGGAGAGUGGGUUCUCUUCCGCAUGGUAAAACGGUAACUUCGUGAUGUUUUACAAAGGAUCAUUGGCAAGAAUCCUUUGUGCACUUGAUCAAACUAUGGGUGAAACCAUGUUUAGUAGAGCAUGGAUGUUUGGUUUGAAGAGGUCUCUCAUGGCAUGGGUAGAAUGGUAAUUUCAUGUAUUACUACGGGUUUAGAGAGGGGUGAAGUUAACUUGAGAAGAGCAUGAAUAUGGAUGUUUGAAGGCAAAAAAGCAAGCAUUCAUGGAUGUCUUACUAGUGUUUAAAUCUUGUAUUGUUGCUACUAUUAUUACUGCUAGUGUUAUUGUUCUUAAAUAUACUUGUGAUCGUUGAUCUAGUAUAAGUAUAUAAAGGUUUGUUUGGUUUUGAACAAUCAAAAGUGUAAAGCUUAAUUAGUUUCUAUGUUUCUUUUGACAUUUAGUCUC